ACCAUCACUUGGAGCUGUAGAUUUAUGCAUGUUUCUGGUGAAUGCAGAGUCUUUAUAGGCGUUCAUAGUGGAUGCAUUCUUGCAAAGGAGGUGUGGUUAUUGGUGACAGACAUGGGUGCUAGUUGGACACAAAGCUGGAAGGAGGAGUUCAAAGUUCACAAACUCCACCUUCUCACCUCUAAACCAGAGCUGCUGCUUCAGCCACGGUGGGAUAUUCCUCCAUUGUUGUGGCUUCUGUACAGAUGUUUUAUGCUGGUCUACACCUUCAGCUGGUUUAUCUACACGGCUCUUCUCUUCAAUACACCUAAAUUCCUCAUUUUUCUCAGCCAUAUCGCAUACUGUCUUAUGGUUAUCUACGAUCUGGUUUCUCUCUGUAAUCUGGCCUGGGCUUUCUUGGAAAUCAGAUGCUGCUCUCACAGAAUGAAAAGAGGUGUCAGUAGUGAAUGUGAGAGCCUCCUUUCUCUCCCCGUCCCUCUGACCGCAGCUCUCUGUCUGCAGUGGCUCCUGCAUUCUGUGAUGGGCUGUUUUUCAUUAACUGUCUCAUUUCUGUACUGGACCUUAAUCCACCCCUUUGACCAGCACUCCUUCACAGCCUUCAACAUCAACAUCCAUGUUAUCAACAGCAUCCAGACUGCCGUGGACCUGUUGUUGUCCUCCACACCUGUUCAUCUCACCCACUUCUUCUACGGAGUGCUGGCCGGGGCACUUUAUGUCAUAUUUGCCGUUGUUUAUUGGCUAAUGGGCGGCACAAACAUGUUUGGCCAACCUUACAUCUACAGCAUUCUUGAUUUCAGUGGGCGCCCCCUAAUGGCAACACUUUGCAUUCUGGGAGUUUGUCUGAUUUGUUUACCGUCCUGUCACUUUGUGCUGUGGAACCUGCAGUUAGUGAGGGAGUGGAUGGUGAGCAGAGAGAAGGCAGGGAGAAUUGCUUUAAGGAGGGAGGUCUGGUGGAGUGUGAAGGUGUCUGGAGGAACGACCUUUGACCUCGUGCCUUCCCUGGAUCCAGCAGCAUCUGUGUCUGAUACGAGCAGGAGGACAGCCGUGAUGGAGGAACAUCAGUCACGAUCACUCACUCUUUUUUGAAGGAGUUUCUGGUCUGUCUGAAUCAACAUGUUCUCUUUUAGCAAGAUUUUCCUGAUGGUAAUAUCUUCCAAUCUCUUCUGAAGCUUAAUCAUAAACUCUCUGGACUUGGCUCUGUUUGCUCCAAAUGUUGUUGGUCUGAAAUGCCCUACAACAGUUUUCAGGGAAAGCAAACAACACUGUUGAAAAAAAUAAAUAAAUACAAUCUGACAUUUAUGGGGGGGAAAUGACACUCCCAGAAAGAAAAGGUACAAAAGUUGUCAAUGCAACUGUCCCUUCAGGACUGAGUUUGGAGACCCCUGGUUAGUAAUAUGUACCUUUAAGGUACCAGUAUGAAGCCUUUAGGUACAUAAGUGAA